UUCAGCUUCACACAAAAACGCCCCUAAAUUCUGAAAAAGAAAAAAAAAAUCUUUUUUUUUUUUCUAGAAAUCCCUAAAAAUUCUUUAACCAAACUUUACUCUCGCCGGAAACUAUGAACUUUCCGGCCGAAAGUUCCCUCCUUCACGAACGCAAUGCCCGUAUUCCCGUUCACCGCCGUCACGUUUUCCGUGAAAAUUCGUAGCCAAAGCCUUUUCCUUCCUUCCUUUCUCAUUAUCUCCCACUUCAACAGCUUCACGAGAAGCGAGAUCGAGAAAGGUAUGAAAGAAUAGAAAAUUUUCAGAUUUGUUUUAGCAUAAACAUAAACAUAAACUAUAACUUAAUUUUGAUCGGGUUCUGUGACCUUGGAGGUUGAUCAUGUGUUGGAGCUGAUUAGCAUUAUUUUUCCCUGAUCUUUUGUGCCUUUUUCAUGGAUUUCUGUGUAAAUUGAGGUAUGAUAAGUGUGUAACAGUUAAUUCAGAGUGAUUUUGAAUUGUGCUCAGAGGUAACAGAGAUAGAGAGAGAGAGAGAGACGGUGUGGGUGUGUAAUUAUUUUGUACAGAGAGAGAGAGAGAAAGAGAGCGUAUAGGUUUAGACUGUGAGUGAGAGAGAAAGUACGAGUUUGGUAGAAAUGCCGGUGAUGAAGGUUCAACCAAUCGACUCUCUAUCAUCGUCGAUCCGUGGGGAUUCAGCGAGGUCGGUGUCGAAAUCGCGGCUUAAGAGGUUCUUCGAUCGGCCUUUCACUAGCGUUCUGCGGAGUUCAUCGGCGUCGGAGAAGGCCACCGUCACGGUCGGAGCUGGUGUCGAAGUACCGUACGGCAAAGAUGGAGGGGUUUCGUCAACGGCGGCUGAGUUCGAGCCCAGCUCGGUCUGCUUGGAUAAGAUGGUUCAGAAUUUCAUCGAGGAAAGCAAUGAGAAGCAGCCGCCGUCGAAAAUCGGGCGCAACCGCUGCAAUUGCUUCAACGGCAACGGCAGCGACAGUUCCGAUGAUGAGUUCGAUUUCACCUCCUCUGGAUUUUCUGAUUUUGUGGCCAAUUCCUCAUCCUUCGGCGACUCAUCUGAUACCAUCAAGAGCUUGAUUCCCUGUGAGAGUGUUGCGGAGAGAAAUCUCUUAGCCGACACCUCGAAAAUCAUCGAGAAGAACAAAAUCUGCAAACGUAAAGACGAUCUUCGGAAAAUCGUCGCCGACGGCCUCUCGACUCUAGGCUACAACGCCUCCAUCUGCAAAUCCAAAUGGGAGAAAGCUUCAUCCAUGCCUGCUGGAGAAUACGAAUACAUUGAUGUGAUUGUGGAAGGAGAAAGAGUGUUGAUCGAUGUAGAUUUUCGAUCGGAAUUCGAGAUUGCGAGGUCAACGGGAAGUUACAACGCGGUUCUACAGUUGCUGCCGCUGAUUUUCGUCGGAAACGGCAAUCGGCUUCUGCAAAUCGUUUCGAUCAUGUCGGAGGCGGCGAGGCAGAGCUUGAAGAAGAAAGGUAUGCACAUCCCUCCCUGGCGCAAAGCCGAGUACAUGAAAGCUAAGUGGCUCAGCCCCUACAGCCGCUCCUAUUCCCCUCCGCCACCGCCGCCGGAGAAUCCUGAACCCGAAUCCGAACCGAAACCGGAACCCGAAGCUGUUGAGGAUGAAGCCGAAGCUGAGGCCGAGGCAGGAGCUGAAGCUGUGAGCGAGUGCGGGGAGUUGGACUUGAUAUUCGGAGACAAUACGACACCGUUUGCGGAUGAAAAUAACCCGUCUUCACCGGCGUCUCCAUCGCCGCCGGCGAUAAUUCCCGGCGAGGAAGCGAAGCCAUCUCCGUCGCCAAAACCGGCGGCGAUGCUGAUGUGGCAACCCCCGGCGAUAAAGCCGAAAAGUUGCGAAAGAGGCAACCGGGUCAUCGUCACCGGGUUGGCUUCCCUUCUCAAGGAGAAACCCUAAGAAAAAAUUUUGGUCUUUUCCCCUUUUUUUUCCUUUAAUUUUUAUAUCUCCCAAAAAUUCCUAACAUUUUCGAAUCUAUUUUUGUGGAGUACAAAAAAUAUAAAUAUAAUAUAAAAACCUAUAUAGAGAUGGGAGACUCAAUUAUAGAGCUAAUUGAAAUUUUCUCCUGUUUUUUUAUUUUUAUUUUCCAUCCCUUCUUUUUUUGUUUGUAAGGGUCUCUUGUAAGUUGUAAGAAACAAAAUUCUAGACUAAACUGUCCCUGUUGUAAUAAAUUCUUAGAGUCCAAAAUUAAAGAAAAAAUAGGUUUUAUGAAAGUAUGAACUCUGCAUAUCCAAAUGUUCCUUCCAAGGGAACAUCGUCUUAGUUUGGCCUUUCAUCUAUGUUUAUGAAAACAAAAAUCCUGUAUUUAAUGACAUUGCUAUCUUUAAUAGAAUAUAUAUAAUGUAAAUUUUUUAGUA